AAGCCCAUCGCGUUUGCAUUCUAAAAACUAUUUCUCUUAUUUCCCCUCCCUGCUUCACUGAGCCUCCACAGACUCUCGCAUGUACUCCUUCAUUGUAUGAUCUCGGCGAGCUUGCUUCACCUCUGUCAGGCUCGAGCGCUUCCAGCCGGCAGCGGCACCGAGCUAACAAGUCUUUGUGAGGAGCGAGGGAGAGGAAGAGGGGAAGGAGGGGUUGCGAAGCAGGAGAGAAUCAGACGGCGAGGGAGCUGACAGCGUGAGCACAGAAUGAGGGUGCAGCGGGAGCAGGCAUAAGACAGCGACGGAGGCGGCACAAUAGUGCGAGGCACUGCUGGAAAGAGAGAAAUAAGGAAGAGCAGGCAUCAUGGCAGCGCUCACUCCAUCGUCACGGCACAUGGGGAAUUCUGGCCGCCGCUGCUGAACAUUGUGUGAUGCAGAGGAGAGAGUCGGGAGGACCGCCGGGAAACCAGAAGCAAGAGAUGGAAACAGGUGUGACCAGCGGGACCUGCUCCAGGAUGAGCGGGAUCCUGAAGAGAAAGCUUGAAGAGGAACCCUCCUCCUAUUUGUCUCUGCAGGGCUCAGAAGAUGACGAGGUUUCCUGCAGCGACAGCGGCAACAGCAGCGAUAGUCUUAAUAAUUCGGUCCCCUCCGGGAUUCUAGAUCCCUCUGUCCAGCGGCAGUCAAAGCGACUGCGGGGACGUAAUGUGCACUUUGAGAGCGUCACUGUGUACUAUUUCAGCCGGCGCCAGGGCUUCACCAGCGUGCCGACGCAGGGUGGCAGCACCCUGGGGAUGUCGCCACAUCACAGCGGGGUGAAGCGCUUCACCCUCAGGGAGUUUGCCAUGGAGCAGAAACGGAGCCAUCAGAACAUGCUGAGGGAUCAUCUCAAAGAGGAGAAACUCAACGCCAUCAAACUCAAACUAACCAAGAACGGCACGGUGUCCUCCAUGGAGGCCGACACUCUGACGCUCGACGACAUCUCAGAAGAUGACCUGGAUGUGGACAAUACGGAGGUGGAUGACUACUUCUUCCUCCAGCCCCUCACCACCAGGAGGCGGCGCGCGCUCCUCCGUGCCUCUGGGGUCCGCCGCAUCGAUGUGGAGGAGAAGCACGAGCUGCGCGCCCUGAGGAUGUCUAGAGAGGAAUGUGGGUGUCGCUGCCGAGGGAUAUGUGACCCAGAGACCUGUGCUUGCAGCCUGGCCGGCAUUAAGUGCCAGGUAAAUGGAAAUGUGGUGGACCGCAUGUCCUUCCCCUGCGGCUGCACCAAGGACGGCUGCAGCAACGGCGCCGGGCGGCUGGAGUUCAACCCGGUCCGAGUGCGCACCCACUUCCUGCACACCAUCAUGAAGCUGGAGCUGGAGAAGAGCCGCGAGGAGCAGUACCAGCAAACGGAGCAGCAGCUUGUAACCAGUGGCAACGGUUACCACGGCAACACCACCUUGAUCCAGCAGCAGCAGCAGCAGCACAACCCUCAGUCUCUAAAGAUGAACAAUCCCAUCAUGCAUCUCCAGAGCACGGGUGACUCCGAUUCGCAUCUAGACGAGGACGAGGAGGAAGAGGAGGACGAAGACGACGACGAAGAGGAGGAGGAUGAGGCUUACGACGAGGACGGCAGCAGCGUUUGCAGCGGGCUGUCGGACUGCAGCACGCACAGUCUAGAAACUCUCGACCCGGAGGACGCAGAGGAAGACGACGAGGACGAAGAGGAGGAGGAGGACGAAGAGGAUGAGGAAGAGGAUGAAGAAGAGGAUGAGGAGGAAGACUGGGACUGCUCAUUGCACGGACUGAAUCCUCCCUCGUACUCCGUCCCCCUCCCCUCUGUUCUGAGUUACACCAACAGCCUCCUGGGCCUCAGCGGCCCGUUCCACAGCGCCUCCUCCCUGCAGCCCUAUCAGCUGGACGUCUCGGCGAGUGACACGCCCGCCUUCCUCGGCGAGACCCUAAACGCUGCCGCGCCCAUGCUCCCCUCGGUCGAAUCCGCGCUGGAGUCCGAAAUGGGCGCCGAGCCCCAGAACCGUUUCUCCGAGCUCGGCCCUGGCCUCCGCACAAACCCAGACCGUGCUGACUCACAGGCGGAGCAAGAGCCGCCGCCGAUGUGUGGAGAAGUCAGCCGCACAGCAGCCUCAGAGAACGCCUGAUGAGGAAGGACUGACAUGGACUGUUGGCGUUCUUUAGAGAGGAAGUGAAAAUAUGUUCCACCCACUCCCUUACAGAUUUUGUUAAAUUUUUACUCUUUUUUUUUUGUCGCACGUACAUGCUUCAAGAUCAAAGUAAUUAGUAUCAAACCUGAGUCAAUACAAAAUGCAGUUCUCAAUGAUGACGUCAUAGAAAGAAACCGUCCAAUGAGUCACUAAUCACUCUUGCCGAAAUUACUCCAAAACACAUCAGCACAGUCUGCCUUUCCAUUAAAAAGGUGCGCAAAUCUUUGUCUCCAUUUUGCUAAUGUCGAAAAGACACAACUUCACAAUUGUGGUGUUUUCAUUAAAUAACAAAUUAAAUGAAAACCACGUGUAAACAAGCUCGUUUACACAAUAAGUCGUGGCAGCGACAACUCCAUGAGGUAAAUGCAUAAUUCAGCAAUGGCGCUAGCUGUACUGUCUGAAAAAAACUAAUCCAAACAUCCUCCUCCUACCACUUCCUGUUGUUUUCUUCAUCGUUUCUGCCAGUAGUAACAUCUGGUUGGUGAUCAUGUGACUCGUGUGAUGAGAAAAAAGUGUUUCUGUUGCAGUUUUGCGAAAUACAUUUAUUAUAUUUUGGAUCUUUAAAGACAUACAAGUUUUGUAAAAACAAACUAAAAAAAAAAAUUCUAACUAUAUUUUGCAUUUUAGAUUUAAUGAAUUUUGACAUGCCAGUAGUUAAAUUUUACCUGGUUUGUCAAAGAUUUGGACAUCAUUGAUCUGAGACAUGCAAGUCUGACAAAAUUUUAAAAAACGAACCCGAUAAAAACAAUAAAAAGGCAAAGCCUUUUUCACAGCUCAGUACCUAUAGAAGUUUGCAGUAUUGUUGAUAAGUGCACUUUGAGGGACCGUCACUCAUUUCAACCCAGAAUGCACCGGGAGUUGAGUCAAUCUAGGUUGUCUUCAAACCCAUUUAAGAUUGUGUAAUAUGACAAACAUGGAUAAUAAAACAAUAGCACAGUGGUUAGGUUUGCUACUUUGUAUUUGAACUCUAUGUUUUACCGUUUGGGCUCCGUUUUCGACGUGUUUGCUGCAUGUUUUCCGGUUGUGUCAGCAUCUGUGACGAAUCAGAACCGGAUUUUGAGGUGCUUGCAUUGGUUUGGUAUUUUCUGUUGUGCUACUGUUGCUGCCAAUGUUUCUGCAGCGCUUCUCUGUAUCGCAUGUGUUCAGUUUACUGGAGAUGUUCCUCUGUGUGCGCAUUCUGUACGAUUAAACAUCUGUUGCAGGUGAAAAACACACCUCUAUUGUAAAGACACACACCAGUCAAUGAUCCUGUCGAGAAUUUUGCAGUGCUUUGCGAACGUAUUCACACAAGUUGAACUUUUUCAUAUUUUGUCUCAGAAAAUGAAGCUAGAGACUUCUCAUAAAGCCACAGUGAAAUACAUCAAAGUUGUGGUGUAAAGGUGACAAAAUAUGAAAAGGGUUCAUAUUAUAAAUACUUCUGGAAGGUACUAUAUCUUGAACCCAUCAUUAAAGUGUCCUCGUUUUCCAAC